ACUUCCGCCUUAAAACUAUUUUAGAAAAUAAGGAUAAAAUGUCAAUAAACAGUCAAUACUCAUCAUACUCAAAGAUAUAUGCCAAGAAUGAAUGAAAAGUGCAUUUUCAAAAAUGAAAACAAAUUGAUUAUUUCUUCCAGUCUUCGUUUUGUGGCAUCAGCAAGGAUGGGUUUAUUUUUUUAAAUAAUUUCUUUUGAACCUUGUAAGUUGAGGCUUAUCUAAGUUGAAUUUUAAUAACAGGAAUGGCAAUUUCAUUUAUUAUUAAAUUAUUUUAUUAUUUAGUAUAAUUAUUUAUUAGUCAUUAGAUUUAGAUGAUUAGAUUAGUAGGCCUAAAAAAUGAAGAAAAAGAAAUUAUUAUUUUUACAAUAUUGCCCAUGACCAUAGCGUGUUUUGUUAAAAUGGCAGUAAAUGAUGUGUCCAUUUCAUUUAUCAUUAUCAUUAACAAAUAGAGCCCUGGGAAGCCACAAUUAUUCUAGGUGCUCAACUCGCCCCACUCAGUCACUUCAUAUUUUUAAAUAAAUGUAGCCUAAAUUAGUAAAUAUAAUAAAAAGCUUCUCCUCUAUAGGGGUGCUACUUUUCCAGGAUUAUCCUGGAAUUCCGGAUUCGUGAGGCUAAAUAUUUUUCAGCUCUGGAUUCGCGAGUUUUUAUUUUUCUCGCUCCGGACUCACCAGUUCAGUUUAUUCAAAUAAAUAUUCUGGGUUUUAAAAAAAAUAAAUCAAUGUGUAAGAACACGCGAAAGCGUAUUCAGUGAGAGCGGGUUCGCUAUAAAUAUUACAGGUACUGCGACCACUCGCUUUUGUUUGCAAGCCUCUCACUUUCCUUUGUAAUCAUUGCACAAGAAAUUAUUUCUACAGUGUAUGAAUUUUAUGAGUUUCGUUAAGUUUCAGGGUUUGAAAAAUUUGUUAAUGAAGUUUCAGGUUUCAAGAAAUUUUUAGAAAGGGAUUUCAGGGUUCACAGCUUUCAGUGGGUGGCAGGUGCCACUGGCACCCCUGCUCUUCUCUUUUUAUGAAAUUAAAUAAGACUAGACUAUUUUAAUUAGCCUGGUUCUUAUUGAUUUUUGAUUUUGUUUACAGCAUCUCUAAAUUUUUGCUGCCUUGGUCCUUGUAAAUAAAGUGGAUAAAGUAUUAUUUCUCUUAUUUUUUGGUCUUCAAAAUUUAAAGAAGUUUUAUUGAUGUUUUAGUUUAAUUUUAGAAUUAUUUUAAUUCUAAAAAUAAAUUAAAUUAUCAGUUCCAUGAAUGUUUAACAUUUUAUUUUAAUUUUAGGUUUAGGUGAAAGAUGUCUGGGAAAGAGAAUCAUCGUAAGCGAAAGUUAAAUAUGGAAGAUAACCAUCCUGUAGCUGAAAGGCGUAGAUCAUCUUUGAGCUUAAAACUUUCAGAAGCAAUUGCAGUUGGAAAUAUAGAAGAGGCGGCACGUCUUUUACAAUCAAGUUCUGUACCUAGUCAGACUCUAAGUAAUGCUUUUAUUAAAGCAGUAGAGCUUGGUCAGAAACGUAUUCUUCAAAUGCUGGUUACUGAUGGUGCAAAUGUUAACAAGAGAGACAACAGAGGAUAUACAGCACUAAUGAUUUCCUCAGAGCAUGGCUAUGUCGACUUGGCAAAAAUUCUAGUAAGAAAUGGUAUAAAUGUUAACUGCCAAAACAAACUUGGCCAAACUGCACUUAUCAUAGGGGCAGAAAAGGCAUGUUCACUUCCAUUUCUAGAGUAUCUUUUAAGUGAAGAAAGCAAUGCAGAUGUUAACAUACAAGACAAAAGUGGGAAAACAGCCCUAAUGAUGUCCAUUGAAAGGCAUGAUUAUUGUGCAAUGAAGCUAUUUAUCUAUCGCAAAAGAACUGAUUUCAACUUGAAAGACAAAAGUAACAGAACUGCCACUGACAUUGCCAGACAAUGUGGAAAUGAAGACCUGUUUCACAUAUUAAAAGGCUGCUCUGAGAGCGAUCACUUUAUUACCCCACUAAUGUUGGCAGUGAAAAAAGGUACCUUGGGUCUUGUAAAGUUAAUUCUUGAAGCAUAUGGUCCUGAAACUAUUGAUUUGACUGAUGUCAGAGGCUUUACACCACUAAUGAUGUCUCUGGACAGCUCAAUCAAGAUUGAUAUAGUUAAAGUACUCCUAAAGGCAGGAGCUUCUGUAAAUAAGGCCAACAAGAAUGAUGUGACACCCCUGUUUCUUGCAACUCAAGCAGGAAAUUGUGAAGCUGUACAAUGUCUCAUCACACAAGGGGCAAAUGUCAAUGUCCAGACAGCAAGUGAAAAAAUCACACCAUUGAUGAUUGCAUCCAAGGAGAACCUUAUUGACCUAAUGCAAAUUCUGAUUGUCAGCAAAGCAGAUGUCAAUAUGAAAAAUAUAAAAAAUGAGACUGCUCUGGUUUUAGCAAUGAAAAAUGCUUCCGGGAGCGCCAAAGACUGUGUCCAACUGCUUUUAUCUAAUGGUGCAGAAAUAAAUGAUACUAUAUUUCAUAUGGCAGCCGUAGUAGGACUUCAUAACUUAUUUCCAAAUAUAUCUGACACAAUUAGCAUCUCUAUGAGAAACAAACUGCUUAUUCAUGGAAUCCAGAAUAACAAUCAUGAUCUUGUUGAAUUUCUUUUAGAGAAUGGCGCAGAUGUGAAUCAGGGUGGUCCUUCAAGUCCCGUACCUUUGAUCCAGGCUGUUAAAAAUGAGGCUAUGGUUACUCUACUCUUAAGCUUUGGUGCAAAAGUCAAUGAUAAAAAUUACCUAGAUACCACUGCAUUAAUAGAAUCAGUUCGUUUGGAUAACUGUGGGGUUAUUAACAUCUUAAUCAAGCAGGGGGCCGACAUGAAUGUUGAAACUCGAUUUGGAGAUACUGCUUUGAUAAUUGCUGCAAAGCUCGAGAAGUUGAAUGCCCUGAAGGCACUGUUGGAUGGUAAAGUUGAUGUUGAUUUUAUAACCCACAGUGGAAAAUCAGCAUUACAUGCCUCUAUAAUUGUUGGAAGGUUAACAGCCAUGGAGUUGCUUUUGAAGCAUGGUGCUGAUGUCAAUCUGGGAGAUCACAGUUCUCUAACUCCUCUGAUGUUGUCAGUAUAUGUUGACUCUGAGGCCAUACCAAAUCUUUUAGUAGAACACGGGGCAGAUCCAAACAAGCAAUCUGCAGAUGGCAUGACUGCCCUAAUGUUUGCAUUAAAACUUCGUGAUUACAGUAAAAAUGGUAAAAUAAAAAAGUUGGUUGCAGCUGGAACUGAUCUAAGCAAAACCAACUGCAAAGGAGAAACUGCUUUAAUGAUAGCCGUUCAAAACUGUACCACUGUCGUUAUAGAUUUUUUGAUAAAAAAUGGCGCAGAUGUUAAUGCACAGGACAAGAAUGGCUCCUCAGUGCUCAUUUGGGCCGUGGCCCAUUCAAUAGCCAAUGAGAAUAAGAUAGCUCUACUGAUUGAGCAAAAAGCAGAUGUCAACAAAGCAAAUGAUAAAGGCGAGACUCCAUUAAUUUUGGCUUCCAAGAGCUGCAAUGUCAAUAUUAUGCAGUUAUUGAUUAGCAAAGGCGCCAACGUUAAUGCCCAGGACUAUAAAGGCAUGACCGCUCUCAUGUAUGCUGUAUACUUGGAUUAUUAUGAGAAAAGUCAACUCCUCAUAGCCAGCAAUGCUGAGUUGGACAUUCAAAAUAAUAAUGGAGACAAUGCUGUGAUGUUAGCAGUUGGAAAUGGUGAUGCCAAAGUGCUUAAAGCCCUUAUCCUUGCUGGUGCUAACAUUCAUGCUUGCAAUGAAAAAGGAGAUGGUCCCCUCUCAUUGGCCUUAUCUAAUCUAUAUGUGUACGGCUGGUCUCACAUACGUGACUAUAGUGUUGUUGUCAGCUUUGCCUGCUUAAGAAAAUUGUUGAAGGCGGGGGGGGCACCUGAUAUGCGAGAUCCUAGAAACGCUUUACUCUUCCACAAAUUGAUUGUCAUACCUUGCCAUCAACCAAAAACGAUGGAGCUGUUCAUUAGCACAGGGGCCGCACCCCCUGUGGUUCCAUUAGGGGCAUUAUGAAGUAUAUGCGACACUCCUUAUGACUAUUGUACUGCAUCCCAAAAUAGUGAUCUCAUUUCACCUUUGAUGACAGCCAUAUUUGAUCAAAAUGAUGCCCUGGUUUCUUACUUUUACAGCAUUUGGUACCUAACUCAGAGUGAUAUCAGGAUGCAGCAGAAUAAAUUAAUUUUGAAAAAAUUCAUAAGAGAUUCCUCUGCAGGGUGCCAUACCAAAAGAAUUAUAUGCAAUCCAUUUAGUCUAGGUUCUCUAAGCUUUGUUGUGGUGUCAACAGCUGUGGGGAAUGGCCCUGACCGAGAAGCCAGGGUCAAAUUAUUGCCUGUGCCGGCUGUCAUCAAAAACAGUCUUCUGUUUAAACAGCGGAAGAAGUUUAAUCCUAUACACGCUGAAGCAGGCUCACAGGGCAAUAGUUUUUUAAACUACUCACAACCUGGACUUGUUGGAUUAGACUUACAGGAUUAAUGAAAAGUUCAAUGUUUCAGACCUAAUUCCAUCUAUUAUUACCGGGUAUUAACUUUAGUGAUCAGCAAGUGUGUCACUUGGUUGCAGUGGGGACAAAUAGAGUCCCUAUACUCUGUAAUUGACUGCAUACUGGGUGAUUUUCUGUUCACUAUGCUCUAGUGUUGGUGUCUCUAGUCCCACUGGCCAAAGUAUUGUUCCUUGAACCUGUUCCACUAUUUCCUUCACAUGGUUUGAACAUAGUCCCUCAUUUGCUGUCAUUAAUUAAAGUUAACCAUUUUUUUAUGUGUAGAACUAGAAAAGUCAUUGGCCUGUCUCAGUGGUUUUCAACUGCUAUUUUUUCCUUAAGACACAGGCAUCAGUCCAGCAUUAAUUUAAAGGUUUUUGCCUUUUUCUCCAGUGCCCAGAUUAUUCCUUUUUGGUGUGGAAAAAAGGAGG